AUGCUUAUAUGGAUCAAGCACUCUUUAACUCCUCAAGAAAUUAGAGAUAAAAUCAUGGACUCAGAGUCAGAGUUCCAGAGAAGAAUGGUGGCAUACUUGGAAAGUGUGCAUAUAGGCGAAUUUAUUGGCAAGACCAUGACAGAGGUAGCCGAUGAUCUUGAGAUGGAGAAAGCAAAGAACCCUUCCAGACAGAAUCCUACAACUACCUUGCCUAAAUUUAUACCUUCUCCAUGUGGUGAUGACUGCCAACAACUGUGUACAACCUGUCAAUCAAGUAUGUCAUGGUGGAAACAGUUCACUAAGACAGUGAAUAAGCUGCUCUUCUUGACCAAUGUGCACUCCUGUAACAAAGACUGUAAGAACAAUAAGUAUGGUACUUGCAAAAGCAGAUUUCCUUGUCCAAUUCUGCUAGAAACUCAGGUAGACCCAGAGACAGAAGCUCUGAACUUGAAGAAAGGAGAAGCCAUGCUUAAUAAUUUUUCACCUCUGCCGAUUUCAAAUUUCUCUGGUGAUACUGAUAUCACAAGCUUACUAUCUGGCACAGCUAUCAAGUCUGUUGUAGCUUAUGUUACAGACUAUAUUACCAAGUCACCACUGAAGACACACCAUGCUUGA